AUGAACUUCUCAAUAUCAAUAUCACUCCUGUUAUGUACAUGGUUCGUGGCGACAUUUGCUCAAAAAACAAAGAAAAAGCUAAAGGAACAAGAUAUUAUUCAACGGGUGCUCAGGGACUACGAUUGGCGAGUAAGGCCACGCGGCGCCAACGAUUCGUGGCCAGAUACCGGCGGCCCGGUGGUGGUGUCGGUCAAUAUUUAUUUGAGGAGCAUAUCAAAGAUUGAUGAUGUUAAUAUGGAAUACAGCGCGUGAGUUUUUGAAAUUUGUAUUUUUUCAAAAUUUCAAAAAAAAAUUUUUUUAAAACAAUGAAAAAGAUUGAAAUUUCGAACUUUUUUCACUUUAAACUUUAGUCAAUUCACAUUCCGCGAAGAAUGGUGGGACCCUCGGCUAGCCUACAGUCGUUUCGCCGACGAAGACACCCAAGUACCACCGUUCGUCGUACUAGCUACCUCAGAUUCGGCCGAUCUGUCGCGACAAGUUUGGAUGCCGGACACUUUUUUCAAAACGAAAAAGAAGCCCGCAGGCAUUUGA